GUUUGACAAAAGCGCAAAAGUUAAUGAGCGUAGAUUUUCUUUCUCUAUGGCGCACCAGAAUCACUUGAUCACAAUCCCCACCACUGGAAAGCAUUUGGCGGGGUAGAAAAGAACCGAACAAAGGAAACAAACAAAGAGAGACAGAGAGACAGAGGGAGAGAGAGAAAGAGGAGAAUGGAAGAGGAAGGCAUAGGGUUAGUGUUGGCCAGAGCCACAGAACUUCGAUUGAAAAUCACCAAUUGCAUCCACAGAACCGACACCGCCAAUGGUCCCACGCCGCACGCCGACGACGACGAUGAAGAAGCCACCGAGCGCCUUCUCAACAUUUGCGAUGCCCUUGAAGCCUUGGAGACCCAACUUUCUUCUUUGCAGGUUCUGCAGCAACAACAGCGAUAUGAAAGAGAAAUUGCCUUGGCUGAGAUUGAAAACAGUCGCAAAAUGUUAAUUGACAAGCUCUCUGAGUACAAAGGUAAGGAAUUGGAAGUGAUACAUGAAGCUUCCACUUUUGCUAGUGAAACAGUGGAGCACAGCAAUGAUCUACUACUUCCUCCAUAUCCUAGCCGCCCUCCCUACUCUGUGUCUAUGGACAAGGAAUAUCUCUCGCAGAUUCCUUCCGUGAACAAGUCUGGUCGCAAUGGGUUAAUGACGCUUGAUCCAAUGAUUGAGACCAACAAGAAUCUCCGUGAAAAAGAUCAAAAUCUCGUUGAAAAUGGGGCUAAAAAUUCGAGAAAAGGAUUGGGAUUUUUUAUAACUUCUGCAGCCAAAACAAUGCUCACGGUAGUUGGCGUGGUAUCAAUAUUAAGUUUGUCUGGUUUCGGGCCUAAGUUAGGCACACGUUUCAGCGUGCAAGGCUGGCGUCACAGAGUAGAAAAUGUGGAGAGAUCUACAACUAAAAACGGGGGUGAGAGACCAAGUACUCAGUGUCCACCUGGGAAAAUAAUGGUGUGGGAAAAUGGGGAAGCACGAUGCCUAGUGAAAGAGAGGGUUGAAAUUCCAUUUUCAGCUGUUGCUGCAACUCCUGAUAUAAACUAUGGAUGUGGUUGACAAUGGCUUUUGUACUCUGCAUUGUAUAUCAGUUCACUUUCUUCUCCCUU